GCACGUGUGGAUAUUAUCCUACACAAAGGGAAACAAUAUCACAAAGUCCGGCGAACAAAAGGUCCUGAUUCCUGAUGUGGCGGAAUGGUCGUCUGCUGACAAUAUGAAGCAAUAUGUAUCCACAUAUCCACGGAUGUAGAUAAACGCAGGUUGUUAAUGAAAGUUGUGAUAAUUUACAACAUGAUAAAGUGUUGUAGAGUCGCGAGGUAGAGAUUAGGACUGAUAGCUCGCAGACAGGGAGGCAGAGGUGACAGACAGGGGAGACACGAGACAUCGGCAUGUAUAUACCUCUGAUGGCAAAGCGGCGAAGGUGAAAGAAAUAAUCAACACCACGCCAUGAGUCUGGAGCAGGGAAUUGCGGCUGGUGUGUCGGGCGGCAAAAGCGAUCCGCCGGAAAGUGACCUGGCCUAUUACUCCCAACCUGAGAAUUACACCGGCACUAAUUUUCAAGCCUUGCAGAGGUUCGUCCACGCCAAAUCGAAAGAAGAAAGGUCCGAUCGCGAUGAUGGAAAGAAAAAGAAGAGGAAAAAAGGGGUGUUUUGUCUGUUUCGUCGUUAUAGACACCUCCUUCCUAAAGAACUGGAUGAUCUUGCAGACGAAUCCUCUUCGUCGGAGGAGGAAGAAGCAAAAGACGUCACUAAAGAGGGCGAGGGCAAAGAUGAGGAGAAGAAGGAGGAGAAGAGGGAGGAGAAGAAGGAGGAGGAGCAGCCUCAGAGUCGACCCACCUCGGCUCUCUUGUCCCCAGAUCUCGUGAGUGUGACCAUUCAUGAAGAACCGUCAGCCGAGAUGCGGGAGACAAUUUCUCCGUUGUCGUCUGCCAAGGUCCGUCCUGCCGUUGAUGUGCCGAGUCCGAGCGGGACCUCAAUGGACAGUGACAGCCCCGACUCUAUCGGCGUCUCCGCCGACUACAGCCGCAUCAGUGUCAACAAGAAGAGGAGCGCCGUCCUCGCUGGCCAUCGCCCGUCGACUGCUCUCAUGCGGGCCAAUGCGAACAAAAUGGCGAAGGAAGUCCGAGCGAAGAUGGUGAGGGACAAAUUCAUCAAGGCGGUGAAGUUGAUGAUGAUCAUGCGCAACAUAGCAUCCAUGAUAUCACAGAAGGCUGGUGAGGGGGGACGUCCGCAGACGUUUACCGACAUGGCGGGCGAGAGCGACGACAGCAACAUGAAGAACUCCGGCCUGUCCUUCGACCCCUCCUACUUCAAGGCUAGGAAGGAGAUCUCCAUCAGCAACGAGGUGAAACACAUCCUCAGUCUCCCGUCAGAUGAGCGUUCCUCGGAGCAGGUUCAGACGGCGAUGUUCGGGCUCCAGAGUCUUCGGUCCUUCGCUGAAUACCCCCUCCACAUGCAGGAGAAGCUGGCCAAGGUGGCGUGGUAUGAAGUAAUCCCACCAAAGAGGAUCAUCAUCCGUCAAGGUCACUACGCUGAAAACUUCUACUUCAUAUUAUCCGGCCAAGCUGUCGUGACCAUCCUUAUCCGAGACCCGAAGACCGGGGGGUCAGUUGUCCGCACGGCCACUAUCAUGAGGAAAGGGAUGAGCUUCGGGGAACUGGCCCUACUCCAUCGCUCGCGACGGACAGCCACUGUGACGUCACAGGAUACGGUCCAGCUGCUGACCAUUGGCCGAGUAGAUUUCUUCGAGAUAUUCAUGGCGGGUUCUGGUCCGGAUGAUAUUCCCGACCAUAUUAAGUUUGUCAGCCAGUGUGAGUUCAUGAAGGACUGGCCUAUUGAGAAGCUGCUGGAGAGACCGGAGAUGUGCCUCCUCCAUUUCUUCAAACGGAACGUGGUCAUCGUCAAGGACAGCCGAGUAUCAGAUUGGCUGUAUGUCGUCAAGUCGGGGUCCUGUCAGGUGCUGAAGCAUCUCCGAGGGGUCACCCCUCGAAUCGGAAUUCCCAAGAAGGAGUUGGAGUGUAGCGAGGGGGUGAAGCUCCCCAACCUGGUCACGGGGGAACAGCGAGCCAAGGUGGAUACGGGUCUCAAGAGGAGGAAAAGGGCGUUGCCCAAACUGAUGCCACCGACUGACGCCAAAGAUGCUGAAGAUGCCGCGGGCAACAAGGAGAACACGGCACAUCCGGGCCAGGGGAGGUUCUCCAAGUUCAAGUACAUGCAGCGACCGGACACGAGGAAGGCGCACUUUUCCGUCACAGAGAAGAGAAGGCUGUACGAGAUCCCCAAGAAGAACCUCCCCCCUCCACCUCCCCCGGUAGAGGUCAAGGACACAAACACGGGCCCACUCUUUGUCCAAGUGGAUCAUCUCAAGCCCAGAGACUCCUUUGGCCUUACAAGCAUUCAGUUUGAUGACGACAUCGAGAGGCCUUCUACAUCAGUCAGUCUGGUGAGCAGGGGCGCCGAGUGCAUCAUGCUGUCCAAGGAUUUCUUUGCCAAGCACGCCAACGAGUUGGUCAAGCAGUGCGUGCGCCAGCAGUUGAGGCCGUACCCAGCCGAGGAGACGUUCCAGGAGAACUUGCAGAACAAAGUGGACUGGGACCUGUACAAGCAAGUCAUGAUAGAAGACCUCACCACGCCCAGGUGACGGGCUGCCGCGGCGACACGACCUCAGCAUUGUGACGUCAAAUGCUGUGACACGAGUCAGUUGUUUCUGUUUGUGGUUGUCAUCCAAUCUCAGCCCAUACUGAUAGUCAGCACUGUGACGUCAUAGACUGGCCAUCUCACGCGUUUACAUUCAGGAUAUGACGUCACAGGCAAAGUUACUGUGACGCUUGUUGUUUGUUUGUUUGUUAUCCAUGCACAGAAAUAUUAAGAAAGGGGCAUACUUGUGUCCAGGAAGUCGCGUGGUUCAACUACUGAACAUAUUCUGAAAUCUUUUACUGACAUACAAGUACCUCUAGUGUGGCGCUGUGUAGAUGUUACCUGGGUAGACAUUAAUCCCGCAUGGAUGCCAGUAAUACUGGGAUAUACUUGCCGGGGUCACAUCAAAAAUAGGUACAUUCAGUAUAUUUUAACCUAACUGUGUCAGGUUGUUUUGGCCAGAAGUUGUAGCUGCCAAUAACAGAUCUUUGAGUCGAUCUCACUUCUUUGUAGAAUUUGUAUUUUUGUAUGUGAGCCAUUUUGGUUAGAGUUGUACUUGGUGUUUUCAUUGUUUCGUUUUUUUAAUAAUUUUAUUUGGUUAGUAUUGAUACCUUUUACCUGUAUGUUUGGUCACAUGUUAAUUAAUGUUUUCUUGCCUUAUUGUCCCGCUUUUUAUGACAAGCUUCGUCACAAGUAACGUCAUGUUGGGUCUGUCCGUGAAAUCCAAAGUUUAUUUUCAUUUCUCGUCCCUUUGCCUCUAUUUCUGUAUGUGUAUUGUUGGUUUAAUUUAGAAUUGUUAUAUUGUCAUGUUCUACAGAUAUGAAAUGAUUUAUGCAAGAAUUUUAAUUUAGUGACAUGUUCAGUUAGACUAUUUCAGAUCAAAGCACCAUCAUGCUGCGUGUAACACAUCCAGUCAUCGCCUUGAAUGUAGAUAUAUAUAUGUACAUAGACAUGUUUGUUAUAUACAUAAUGUGUGCUAGGUUUGUCUCAUCUCCUAUAUCCUUGUCAGGGAUAUUUCAUUCGUUGUCUGUUCUUUUCUUUUUCUAUUUUUUACAAGAAAACGGAAAAUGCCAAUAAAAGUAAUUUAUGGAUAUAAAUAUCGUCAUAAUACGUCUUCACUAGUAGCCCGGCGAAGAGGGGUAUAGCCAGGAAAUAUAAACCUGAGUUUCCAGCUCUAUGACAGCGGUGUGUAGGUAAUCGAGUCUGGACCAGGCAAUCCAGUGAUUGACAUCACGAGCGUUCAUUUAGUCCCUCUGAGACAAUCAGUAAGUUACUGGGGACCUCUAUUCUUACCUGCCCUACCCCCGGGAUUACAUACAAGGAAACUUCCAGACCUAGCAACAACCUUAACCCCAAACAUUAAUUAACAGAUAUUGCGAAUUCAUUUUUAGAUUUAUCAACAAAUAUCAUAAGGGUUGCAAAACACGUAUUUCAUUUUCUAUGUGGUUCAAUCGUUCGUAAAAUCUUCCCGAAGGCACGAAAACAACGCGUAAGUAUGGGAAACAAUGCGGACAAUGCUUAAAAGGAGUUUAUGGCGGACAUUCACAGGCUGGUGUUUAGUUUGUAGCAACUACUUCUGAAACAAGGGGGGUGGGUCUCAGCCGUUGGCAGGUCGCUGUAGAUUGGCCUGGCGUUUUCGAAAGUUAAUCGCAGAAAUUGCCCGGCAACAAGACGCAGGGGCUCUUGACGGUUUUUUUUCCAUGUGAGUUGAUUGUCCUGGUGACUCUGUGUCGGUAUAAGACACCGUUGCACGCUUAGAAAUACAGUGUUCUGUCCCCUUUGUAGUUUGUGAUAAUGCACACUCGUGCCCUGAUCUUGUAUAUGUAAUACAAAGAAUAAGUGCGUUUACAUUUACGUUGAUACUUUAGAAUCAAUAAUGAAACUGAGGAUGGUUCUGCAUCUUUGCUUUUUUUUUCUUAGCGACAUUUUCUACUUUAUUUAUCGUUUUACAUGCAUUAAAUAGAAAGGGCAGUUGUCAGGAAUGGUAAUUCUUGUUAACCUGUCGUAGUUGUAUAGCAAUACACAGGACUGUUGUGUUCCCCCCUCUCCCGGCCGCCAUUUGGUAUGAUAUCUAAGGUUGCAUAUAAUGCGUGUUAUUUGGGACACUGGCCGAGGUGAGGCCAGACAGGUGCGACAUUGGUUGACUCGGAGGACUUGGAUUUUAAUAAUCGAAAGAACGUUGUGGUGAAACAUUUAAAUAAAUCUACUGAGAGGAUAUUUGGCUUUUUUUAAAUAACGCGUUUAUCUCAUCGAGUGACAUGCUAUUUUCAUAUGUGUCACAGUUCAGUGUUUUAGGUAUUCUGUAUUUAAGACAUAAAAUAUUUUCUUUUAUUGGAGCCGGGUAUAAAGUCAAAUCAGUAAUGACCAAUGACGUUAAUUGAAAUCCUCGACCUGGGCUAACUGACGGGCUCUUCUACCUAAUUGCCAGCAUGCUUAUGUCAAGAGACGUGUUUACUUUUGAACAUUAUACAACACCACUGAAAUGGGUAGUUUGGUAUUUUGAAUACGUCCUAUUUCAUUAUCCGUUCAGCGGUCAUCCACACUGAUCACAUGCAGCAAUAAGUAGGAUUUUAAAUAUAUUUUUUCAUAUUAAUUUGCUUUUGAUUAAUCACGGAACAUUCACAAGUGCGUUGUGGCGCCUAAGACAUGUAAACAAAGCAAGUCGAAGUUCAGUGUCGCGGGUCUUU